UCCUCUCCUGGUGUCGGCGCUCUCCAGGCCCCGUCCCCGGCGCGGUGACGUCGCGCACCGCCCAUAGGUGGGGCCGGGGCUGAGGCCAGGGCGCGCGAGCAGCGGCGCCCGCCCUCAGAGGGGCGCUGGCGCGCGGGCUGAGCCGCCAAGAUCCGCCGAGCCCCGGACCGCGUCGGCUGGAGGGCAGCGCGGCGCGGCGGGCAAUGAGCGUUCCCCGGGACGAGAGCCCGGAGGCGGGCGCCGGCGAGGCCGAACUGCGCCCGCCGCCCGAGGCCACCGGCGGCGCGCUGAGCGUGGACGUGCCGGGGCUGCUGGCGCAGCUGGCGCGCGGCUUCGCUCUGCUGCUGCCGGUGUACGCGCUUGGCUACCUGGGGCUGAGCUUCAGCUGGGUGCUGCUGGCGCUCGGGCUGCUUGCCUGGUGCCGCCGCCGCCGCGGCCUCAAGGCCGGACGCCUGUGCCGCGCGCUGGCGCUACUGGAGGACGAGGAGCGCGCUGUGCGGCUGGGUGUGCGCGCCUGCGACCUACCGGCCUGGGUUCAUUUUCCAGACACUGAAAGAGCAGAAUGGCUAAAUAAGACUGUAAAACACAUGUGGCCUUUUAUUUGCCAAUUUAUAGAGAAGUUAUUCCGAGAAACCAUAGAACCUGCAGUGCGGGGAGCCAACACCCACCUCAGCACCUUUAAUUUCACAAAGAUCGACAUGGGUCAGCAGCCCCUCAGGAUCAAUGGUGUUAAGGUGUAUACUGAAAAUGUAGACAAGAGGCAAAUUAUUCUGGACCUUCAGAUUAGUUUUGUAGGAAAUUGUGAGAUUGAUUUGGAGAUCAAACGAUAUUUUUGUAGAGCUGGUGUGAAAAGUAUACAGAUUCAUGGUACGAUGCGAGUGAUCCUGGAACCAUUGAUCGGAGACAUGCCCUUGGUUGGAGCUUUGUCUGUCUUCUUCCUUAGGAAGCCACUUUUAGAAAUUAACUGGACAGGACUGACUAAUCUUCUGGAUAUCCCCGGAUUAAAUGGUUUAUCAGACACUAUCAUUUUGGAUAUAAUUUCAAAUUACCUGGUGCUUCCCAAUCGUAUCACUGUUCCUCUUGUCAGUGAAGUCCAAAUCGCUCAGUUGCGGUUCCCUGUACCAAAGGGUGUUCUAAGGAUACAUUUUAUUGAAGCUCAGGAUCUUCAGGGGAAAGAUACUUAUCUUAAGGGACUUGUCAAGGGGAAGUCAGACCCUUACGGAAUCAUUCGAGUCGGCAGUCAGAUCUUCCAAAGCAAGGUCAUCAAAGAGAACCUGAGUCCAAAGUGGAAUGAGGUGUACGAGGCUUUAGUCUAUGAACAUCCUGGCCAAGAAUUAGAGAUCGAGCUCUUCGAUGAAGAUCCAGACAAGGACGACUUUUUAGGAAGUCUUAUGAUCGAUCUUAUUGAAGUUGAAAAGGAGCGCCUUUUAGAUGAAUGGUUCACUCUGGACGAAGUGCCCAAGGGCAAGCUGCACUUGAGACUGGAGUGGCUCACCUUGCUGCCAAACGCGUCCCACCUGGACAAGGUGCUCGCAGAUAUCAGAGCCGACAAAGACCAAGCCAACGAUGGUCUUUCCUCUGCAUUGCUGAUCUUGUAUUUGGAUUCCGCGAGGAACCUUCCGAAUAUCUACGAGGGAAACUUUGGGUGUGGCUACUUAAAAGAGAGGCGUGCGUCGGGACUAGUGUUUUGUGAAAAUACUGCCUCAGUCUAUAGAGCACUAUUUUCAGGGAAGAAAAUAAACAGCAAUCCAAAUCCUCUUGUCCAAAUGUCAGUCGGGCACAAAGCUCAGGAGAGUAAGAUUCGAUACAAAACCAAUGAACCUGUGUGGGAGGAAAACUUCACUUUCUUCAUUCACAAUCCCAAGCGCCAGGACCUUGAAAUUGAGGUCAAAGACGAGCAGCACCAGUGCUCCCUGGGCAGCCUGAAGGUCCCCCUCAGCCAGCUGCUCACCAGCGACGACAUGACCCUGAACCAGCGAUUCCACCUCAGCAACUCAGGCCCCAACAGCACCAUCAAAAUGAAGAUUGCCCUCAGGAUACUCCAUCUCGAAAAGCAAGAAAGGCCCCCAGACCACCAACAUUCAGCUCAAGUAAAACGGCCCUCUGUUUCCAAAGAAGGGAGGAAAAUCUCUGUCAGGUCUCAGAUGUCUGCAUCUCCAGGCCCCAGUGGCAGCAGCACAGCCCCAUCCACCCCAGUCCUUGGGGGUAGUGAGAAGCCCAGUGUGGAAGAAAGAGCCCAGCUGCCUGAGGCCAGCCCUCAGGCCCCUCAGGACUUGAGCAGGAGUCCCUCCAGCCUGCUGGCAUCCCCAAGCCACAUCUCGGUCAAGGAGCCUACCCCAAGCAUAGCCUCAGACAUCUCAUUGCCCAUCGCCACCCAGGAGCUGCGGCAGAGGCUAAGGCAGCUUGAGAAUGGGAUGACCCUUGGCCAAUCUCCGCUGGGACAGAUCCAGCUGACCGUCCGGCACAGCUCUCAGAGGAACAAGCUCAUCGUGGUUGUGCAUUCCUGCAGAAAUCUCAUUGCCUUCUCGGAAGACGGCUCUGACCCAUACGUGCGCAUGUAUUUAUUGCCAGACAAGAGGCGGUCAGGGAGGAGGAAAACACACGUGUCCAAGAAAACGCUGAACCCAGUGUUUGAUCAGAGCUUUGACUUCAGUGUCUCGUUACCAGAAGUGCAAAGGAGAACGCUGGAUGUUGCAGUGAAGAACAGCGGCGGUUUCCUGUCCAAAGACAAAGGGCUCCUCGGCAAGGUAUUGGUGACACUGGCAUCUGAAGAACUCGCCAAGGGCUGGACCCAGUGGUAUGACCUCACAGAAGACGGGAUGCGACCACAGGUGGUGACAUAGCCAGGCAGGCACAAGGCAUCCUCCCAAUCUCUACACAGAGCACCUCCCUAUCACAGACGCACCAACCUUAUUUUUAUAAUUUUGUGUAUUUAGUUAUACAUACCUUAACAGUUUUAUAAAAUUGUUGAUACGUUAGGCAGAUUUGGCCAAUAUUAUCGUUAAAUUUUAUAUGUUAAGUUUCCCCUGGUCUUCCAGCUGUUGCUGUGUUCUGCAGCGGGCCAGGGGGUAAGUGUCACUUGCUGUAGAGCUCAGCUUCCGUUGCCCUUCAGAUCACAGAUCUACGUGUGCUUUACUAUUGCCUUGUUUGUUUUACAUAUCACUGAGAUAUACUAUGCCAUGUAUAUAGACUCUAUUUUUUAUAAUCUCUACAUGCUGGUUUGAAUUCAGAAGAAAAUAGAUCAAGGAAAUAUAUAUAUUUUCUUCAAAGACUUAUUAAAUUCUUGUGACAAAUAAUCAUUUUCAUCUUUGCAGCAAAAAGUUCUCAGUGACCUAUUUUGUGGUGUUUCUUUUUAAAAAGAAAAACUGAAAGAUUAUUAAAUAUUAGUAUAUUUCUCUCCAUUAUGAAUAAUAAAGUAUUCAAAUGUUAACAUUUUCAUAAAUAUAAAGAUGUAUUCUUGAGAUGUAAGUUAAAGGGCUUACAAGGAGAAAUGUUUUAUCACUGAGUAAUAUAAAAUAUUUAGAGAUUUGACAUGAGUUCUUAAAUCAUAAUGUACUAAUCUGAAAAACAUAUAUAAAUGAUGUGUCUUAAGUUUAUUUUAA